CUUUGAAUGCUUGAUAUGCUGCUCUUGUUGUUUCUCUCACUAUUAAAUGCAAACUCACAUCGCUCCAUUACUGCAUUUCUUCUUGAAUUCAAUUCAAUCUCGUUUUCAUUCUUCAUUCCUCUAUCCUCGAUAAGCUCGUAUAGAAACUUGAACCAAAGCACCUUCAGAAAAUUAAAAACGCCAUUGAAGAAGUAGUGAACAAUUUUGGUGUGCUCAGAAGGCACAUUGGGAGAGUUAUUGAAGCAACAGUGUCGUUUCUUUGAAGAAGGAAAAGGAUGUUAGUGAUGAGGAAAAGACUAGCUUGCUGCACCAGGACAUCCAAAAUUAGCACUGACUUUGAUCAUGACCACCAAGCCAGGAUUAUGACAUAUGAUGGCCUUGAGAGUUGCAUUCUUGACAACCAAUCUUCUGAAGAUGAAAGCAGAACUAGCAGAGGAGAUGGAUGUAUAACCGAUUCAUUCAAUGACGAUGACUUCAGUUGUUCAUCCAGUAAAGAUACUUUCAGAUCAUUCUCUUCACAAUGUUUGAAAAUGAAAAGGGAUGACGAACAAGGAUCGGAAGAAUGGGAACUCUCUCAGAGUCCUCAACAUUUUUAUGUCAAAGAGAAGCCUGCUUAUGCUAUGCAGUGUUCGGAUGUGGAAGCCAUGAGAGAAAAGUUCUCAAAGUUGCUGCUAGGUGAUGAUAUUACAGGAGGAACUAAGGGCCUCAAUACAGCUUUAGCUUUGUCUAAUGCCAUCUCUAGCCUAUCAGUGACGGUGUUUGGCGAGUUGUGGAAAUUGGAACCAUUACCUGAAGAACGGAAGAGCAAAUGGCAAAGAGAAAUGGACUGGUUGCUGUCUCCUACAAACUAUAUGGUUGAGUUGGUUCCUGCAAAGCAAAAUGCUGCCAAUGGUGGAAUCUUUGAGAUAAUGACCCCGAAAGCUCGUUCUGAUGUCCACAUGAAUCUUCCAGCACUUCAGAAAUUGGACUCUAUGCUUAUUGAGACACUAGAAUCCAUGGUGAAUACUGAGUUUUGGUAUGAAGAGGGAGGAAGCCGGGCAGAAAGGAGGAGCACGAGUGUAAGACAAAGCAAAAGAUGGUGGUUGCCCUCACCCCAAGUACCAAGUACUGGGCUUUCAGACACUGAACGAAAGAGGUUGAUUCAUCGGGGAAGGGUGGUACACCAAAUAUUCAAGGCUGCCAAAUCGAUAAAUGAUAAUAUUUUGCUUGAAAUGCCUGUUCCAACAAUUAUUAAAGAUGCACUUCUAAAGUCUGGAAAGGCAAGCCUGGGAGAGGAAUUGUACAUGGUUUUGACAGCUGAAUCAAGCAGUGGAGAAGAAAUGCUCAAGUAUCUUAAUUUAAAAACUGAACAUAAAGCCUUAGAGACUGUUAAUAAAUUAGAAGCCGCGAUGUUUUCAUGGAAAGAAAGAAUGAGAAUUACACAAGAAGAUAGUGGCAAGUCCCCACUACGAACCUCAUGGCCUUUCAUGAAGGACUCCAUGCCAAGUACCGAAAAGGUGGGGAUGUGGUUGGACCGUGCACAAACUCUUUUAAAGCUGCUUAAAAGUAGAUACCCAAACCUUCCUCAAACAUUUCUUGAUGCUGCCAAAGUUCAGUAUGGCAAGGAUAUUGGGCAUUCCAUUCUGGAAGCAUAUUCCAGAGUUCUUGCGAGUUUUGCCUUAAGCAUACUAUCUAGAAUAGGGGAUAUACUGCAGGAGGAUGCUUUAAGCAAUCCGAAUUCCCCCAUGGCAUCAAUUAAUUCUUACUCUCCUGGGACAAGUCUUUCAGAAUCUUGGGUGGCUAGCUCACAUGUCAAGCACUCGUUGAUUGAUAAGAUGAACAAGGCAGAUGGACAGUACUGUGAAUCUAGUUGCGAUAGUAAUUCUGAUUUAGAGCUAUCAUCUGCAGAGGCCAAAGCCAACUCUGUAACUAGCACACCAAGCCGUAAUCGAGUUUGGUGCAUUGGUAGAGAGGCUUGUAAAAGUGUGUCUCCCUGAAUAUCCCCAUAGGAGGCUUUUGGAGCCUAAUUUUGUAUAUCCUAAAUGUUGAUAAUUGUUGUUAACAUAUGCUUAUUAUUAAUGCAAGCAAAUUAAUAGAU